AUGAUGCACAAGACACGAGUAUACAACUGGUAUGCUGCAUUGGUCGCAGCUGGAUGCAUGGUUCUCUAUGGAUACGAUGCCGCUGUUUUCAACGCUGUUCAAGCGAACAAGCCCUGGCUUGCAUACUUCAAUUUCGACACCGAGAGCCCUGAUACAAAUUUGCUUGGCUUGAUCAACACUUCUUAUUCGAUAGGUGCCAUUGUGGCCGGAUGGUUUCUGGGUGGUCCUUUUGCAGACUGGCUUGGGAGAAGAGCGGGAACGGGUAUUGGUUGCUUUAUCACUGUGAUCGCGACUAUCAUCCAGACCUUCGCUCCACGCCACCAGCUCGGUGUGUUCAUAUUCGGCCGAGUCUUGAUUGGUGUGGGACAAGGAAUGGCCCUGACUGCCGGGCCCGUAUACAUCGGCGAGAUCACGCCUUCAGAGAUCCGUGGAAAAGUCAUGUCUUUCUGGCAACUUUUCUUUUCGGUCGGCUCUUUCAUUGCUUACUGGGUCAACUACGCAUGUGGUAAGAGUAAAAUGUCUCUUGGUGAGUGGAGCUGGAAGAUGGUCGUCAUCUUCCAAAUGCUCGUGCCAAUUCUCAUCAUCUGCCAACUACCGUUCAUGCCCGAGAGCCCCAGAUGGUAUAUCCAACAUGGCGACCGUAUCGAAGAUGCUCGUUGUUCUCUUACUCGACUCAGAGGUAGCGAACAAGAAGUCGAGGAUGAGAUUCUGGCUAUCCGAGAGGCUAUUGCAUUCGAGAAGGAAGUCAUUUCUGGUUCGUACCUGGCAUUGUGGAAGGACGUAUCGUUACGGAAGCGUCUCAUUCUGGCCUUCAUCAUCAACAUCGGACAGCAGCUUUCGGGACAAGGUACUCUCAACUCAUACUCGUCAACCAUCUACAAGAAGGUCUGGAUAUCUCUUGACAAAAUCAACCUCAUCAACGCCAUGAACGCCUCGAUGGGUAUAAUCUUCACCCUCAACGCAACAUGGACGGUCGAUAGGUUUGGAAGAAAGUUCUUGUUCAUUGUGGGAGCUAUGGGCAUGGCCACGUGCAUGCUUAUCGUUCCACUCAUUGGAUCCCAGACACCAAACACACCUGAAGGAGGGAAGACAGAACCAGUCGGCAUUGCCAUCGUCGCCAUGCUGUUCUUGUUUAUCUUCUUCUACAAGCCUUCAUGGGGAGCCACCACCUGGAUUUGGACUUCUGAGAUCUUCUCCAUGAACGUCCGGUCCCAGGCCGUUGGAAUGUGCUCGCAAAUGCAGAACGUCGCGCAGGCAAUCUUCAACCAGUUCUUCCCUACCUUCUACAAGAACUGCGGACUGAAGUCCUUCUACUUCUUCAUGACCACCAACAUCUGCCUCGCAAUUUUUGUCUGGUUCUGCAUUCCCGAGACCAAAGGAACGCCACUGGAGGAGAUCGAUAUCCUCUUCGGCGGAGCAAACCACACCGAGAAGGGAGCUGAUCUGCUAAAUGUAGCGGACCCCCAUCACGCUCAUAUCGGUGUCGACAACAAGCAUGAAAAUACCAUCGAAGAGAUUUCCCACACGGCUCAGCCCGCGUCCAAGGAACUCAAGAUAUUCCGUGGUCUUGGUUCAAUCGCGAGUGAGCAUUUCCGCGACUUCUUCCAAGAGAUCCCUAAGCCUCAAGCGAAGCUCUAA